CUCUUGUCCGACUGUCCGGUUCGUCGAUGUCAUCGCUAAAAUUCACCGCGAGAAGCAUCGGCCAGGCCGGAUACUCUGCUUCCCAUCUGCCAUGGAGUUAGGGCUAGGGUUAUCCCUAGCUGCCUUCAUUGCGUGGCUUCAUAUAUAGCGAUUCGCUUCGCCUUGCUUUCGCGGGGUAAAUGGGAGACUCGGACGACUUCGAUGAGCUCUACGCCGAUCUGGACGACCGGGUGAUUGUCGGCGUUCUGACUGCGGAGACAGAAGAGGAAGAUAAGAAUGAGAUAGAGGAGAGAAGAGUUGGGUUUGUGAAUGGGGCUAUGGAAAGUGGGAGCAGCAGUGACAGUGACGAUGAUCUUCGGAUAGUGUUAAAUGAAGAGGAUUACUCUAAUAAACUCUCUGCUCAACUAGUAGCUGAAGGGAGGGACUGUGAGGAUGAUGGUGAUGGCCUCGUCAUUCUAACUGGGUUGGAUUGUUCUGGAAAGGAGUCUAAAAUGGUUGAACAAGUACAUUCGGCUGACGGGUUGCUGCAGGGAAAUGGAGAUCAGCCAAAUGCAGCGAAGGGGGCUCACAGGAAUUGGUCAAGACCUUGUUUGGCUGGGUCUGCUGUUCGUCCACGGAACUCUCUCUCUAGAAUAAGUCAUUUUGAUCAUUUGACAGUGCCAUGCUAUUUGGGUAAAUCCUUGCAUGAUUCAGUCUUUCCGUCCACGUUUCCAAAUGGAUGUGAUUUCUAUUUGCCACAAAAUAGGAGCAUAUUCAACAUAGAUGUUGAAUCAUUUGAGUAUAAGCCAUGGAGAUUUAAUGGAGUUGAUAUCACUGAUUACUUCAACUUUGGGCUGGAUGAGGAAGGGUGGAGAACUUAUUGCAAGCAAUUGGCCCAUUUUCAGCAGAAUAAUUUGCCAUUGCAUGAAUCUUCUAGGUUGAGUAAGUCAACUGGCAUAAUGUCAGGUGAAAUUGCUCAAUAUGGAUGUGAAAAUUCGGAUUAUCUUGAUAAUGGAAGGAAGGGAGUCAAAAUGCCAAAAGGUCAAGCAAUUCAGGUUGAAAGCGGCAAUGGAGAUCGCCUUCCAUCUAUGGAUGUUCGAAGACCAAGGAAUCGGGAUUCUGAUGUUGUGAUACAGAUUACCACAGGGCCUGCUGUUGAGGAUCCCAUAAUAAAAAGAUUAACUCAUAUGGAUGACAAUAGAUCUAAAAAUGAAAUAGUGUUGAAUUCCAAGAAUAAGCUCUGCGAAAGCUCAUUCAAUGUGGACACUUGUGCUUGUAAAUGUGAAGAGAGCAGCAUAUCUAGUGAGCAUCCUUGUCCAUGUAUAACGAAGGCUUUUGAUAAGAAACUUGAUACAGUGAAUUGUGAUAGAGACUGCCCUUUAAGCAUUACGCUGUUGUCAAAGCCUGCUGUCACUAUUGCUGAUCAUUAUUCUAGCAGUUCAAAGUCUUCUGAUCACAAUGAUUCGUUCGAAGCAUCCAUGGAUGAAGUAAAAUUUGAGAAAGUGCCUAGGCCUGAAUGCAUCCACUUAAAUUCAGAUAAUUUAUUACAAGAGCCCUUUUUGCCUUGUUGGUAUCCUUCAAGUGAAACUGGAGAUGAUACCAAUAAAACUGUUAGCACAUCCUGUGGGGGUCGUUCUCCCGAAUUCUUUCUAGAUCUAAACUAUUGCCAACAAACAACUCCCUGUCAAGUGGUUCAGUUGAAUCUUAGCUCAGAGGAUGACGUUGCUUUCCCUCUUGUGCAUGAGCAGAAGAUUGAUGUUGAGCGCCAGGCAAAGGAGAGCGGAACAGUUGUCAAGCAGUGGGAUGAUGAACCUGUUGAAAGUGUUCAUUCAAUUCAAGAAAGUAAAAUUUUGCUCAAGAACAAUAUCAAAUAUAACAGUGGAAAGGAAGUCAAUGCUGCUGCUUUUUCAGCACGCUCUAAGGGCAAUGAUGAAGAGCCGCCUCUUGUCCGAAUAAGGGAGAAAAUGACUACUGUAAGGGAAAUUAAGACGAGUAAAAAUGGUUUCUACAAUAAUCGAAGGGCAUGGUGUAGUAGGGCCCAUGGAAUUUUAAAGUGGGACUCUUUGCAAUCAACCUCACUGAACAUGUCUCUUCAUGAUAAAAUGGUUUUCCACACAAGAAGUGCAGAUGGACAUGGCACGGUUAUGAGAUCCCAUUAUAAUUCUACGGAAGCUAAAGAUCGACAUAAUGAAAUAGCUUUGGAUGAAUUUGGUGAAAGAUCUUUAGAUAAAAAUUUUGGAAGGUGUGUUUCUUACUUAUAUGAAGAGGAGGGAAGCCUCAUUGAUAAGUAUGAUAGUGUUCCUUGUGGUGCUGGAGCAUUUAGAAGGCUUCCAGAAUUAGAUAAUCGUGGCAAAACUCAGCCCAUAAACUUAAAAAGGUCUAGUGAAUAUGUCUACGAUCAUGAAGAUUCAAGGUUUUAUGAGGAGAGGUUACAUUCUAGAAUAUAUAGAGAGGCUUAUGAUGAAGACAAAAGAAGCGGGCAUGAGGAUGGUUCUCACAAACAUCAAUUAUCUACUUUAUUAUGUCGGAGCGUACAUUCACACACCAGGGAAACAUUUUCUCAACAGCACAGCAAGCAUGACAUAAUUAUAAGCAAAAAAAGCCAUCAUUCCUGCUGA